GCAUUUCGAAAUGCGUAAAUAUCCGGUUAAAACCGCUAGAGGUUAGACUAUUUUAUUGAAAGAGUAAUACAUAUAUAUCAUAAAUAAAAUCUUAUUUAUUCAUCCAACCAAUUGGAAAGCUGCGACAAAAUCUAUCUAUUUGUAUAUCAAACGUUUUCUCAGAAAUAAGGGAUAAUUAAUCAUAUUUAGCAAUGAAUAGUUACCGCAUGUGCAAUCUGACAAGAGAUAUUCUUAAACAACGAAAAUCGCUGACAAAUGCAUUACUUCUUCGUUGUAUGUCUAAUCAACUUCAAAAAAGUUCCGAACAGCAAUUAUCAAAUAGAAUGCAAAAAUUUAAAGAAGCUAAUAAGACAGCUGCAUAUGGUACAGUAAUCUUGGUAGGAUUAGGUUUAUUUGGAGCUAUCGGUUAUGUGCUUUUAAAAGAGUUAUUCUCCUCUUCGAGCGUUCAACAUUUGUUCAAUGAUGCUUUGGAAAAAUGUCGAGAAAAUUAUGAAGUUCAGAGAGCUUUAGGUGAUCCUAUAAUCGGGUAUGGAGAGAGAGCCAGAAGAAGCGAGUUGCGAGGGGCAACCCAUGUAGAAUUUGAGAAAGAUGGAGUAAAGCACUUCCAAAUGGUUUUUUAUAUUAAAGGAUCGAAAGCGACUGCAAAAGCUCGGCUCUAUAUGACAAAGUCAACCUCCGAUCCAUAUUACGUCUGCCGUCUACUUAUGGUAGAGCCUCAAACUUAUGGAGCGUCUGCAAUUGUUGUAGAAAGAAAUGCUUAA